AUGAUGAUCAAGAACAGUAUAAGAGAGUAUAAGUUGGUUGUUGUAGGCGGAGGAGGUGUUGGUAAAUCGGCGCUAACUAUCCAGUUGAUCCAGUCACAUUUUGUGGAUGAGUAUGAUCCUACUAUCGAGGAUUCUUACAGGAAGCAGGUGGUUAUUGAUGGGCAGGUUUCUAUUUUAGAUAUAUUGGAUACAGCGGGGCAGGAGGAGUAUUCUGCAAUGAGGGAGCAGUAUAUGAGGACAGGUGAGGGGUUUCUAUUAGUUUAUUCGGUGACUUCGAGGACUUCGUUUGAGGAGUUGAUGACGUACUAUCAGCAGAUUUUGAGGGUAAAGGAUGUGGAUUAUGUUCCUAUUUUUGUUGUUGGGAAUAAGUCAGAUUUGGAAGACGAGAGACAGGUUUCAUACGAGGAGGGAGUUAACCUUGCUAAGCACUUCAAUGCAUCGUUUUUAGAGACGUCUGCUAAGCAGGCUAUUAAUGUGGAAGAUUCCUUCUAUGGUCUAGCUCGGCUGGUUCGCGAUGACGGGGGUAUACACAAUAUCAACAAUUCUAAACGUUUUGAUCAUAGCAACGACGACGCUGGUGGUGCAGGUGAGGGUGGUGCAGGUGUCGCCGGUGCAGGUGUCGCCGGUGCAGGUAAUGAUGUGGCCCAUGGAGAUGAUGGCGAUGCAGAACGUGGCUUUGAUAAUCUGCCAAAUUCUUCAGUGGGCAGUAAGCAAGCAGGCGCCGGCCCUUCUGAUUCACAGAAAGCUGCUGAAGGUUCUGGAGCUAGCGGCUCUCUCAGAGGCGGUAGGGCGUACCAGCAAUCGCUUUCUGCUGACGAUGGUAAUACUAAGAAGGGUUCAUCUGGUUGUUGCAUAAUUUCUUGA